CCGAUUCAGCCGAGCCUUCUCGCGCGCUCGCGGCUGGGGCGCGUGCAGGUGGCGGUUGUCCCCGCGAGUGGGCUUGCGUGGGGGUGAGCGCUGUCGCUGAGACCGUCUGGCUUCUUGCUACAAAGACUAGUGGCAUUGGUGGCUUCCGCGGUAGCCCCUUCUGAAGGUAGAGACAGUCGCUUUCUGCAGGGGUUCUAGGCAUCCUUCCCUUAGGAUUGCUGUAGGCUCAGCGCCCCUAGCCAGCGACAUGCCACGGGGACGAAAGAGCAGGCGCCGCCGUAACGCGAGGGCCGCCGAAGAGAACCGCAACAAUCGCAAGAUACAGGCCUCAGAAGCCUCAGAGACCCCGAUGGCCGCGUCUGUGGUCCCGAGCACCCCCGAGGACGACCUUAGCGGCCCGGAAGAAGACCCCAGCACUCCAGCGGAGGCCUCCACCACCCCUCAGGAAGCCUCCAGUACUGCUCAAGCGCAAAAGCCCGCGGUAGCCCGGAGCAAUUUUCAAGGCACCAAGAAAAGUCUCCUGAUGUCCAUAUUAGCCCUCAUCUUCAUCAUGGGCAACAGCGCCAAGGAGGCUCUGGUCUGGAAAGUGCUGGGGAAGUUGGGGAUGCAGCCCGGCCGGCAGCACAGCAUCUUCGGCGAUCCGAAGAAGGUCGUCACGGAAGAGUUUGUGCGCCGAGGGUACCUGAUUUAUAAGCCGGCGCGGAGCUGCCCCGUAGAGUACCAGUUCUUCUGGGGACCUCGAGCACACGUGGAAUCCAGCAAGCUGAAAGUCAUGCAUUUCGUGGCAAGGGUGCGUAACCGCUGCUCCAAGGACUGGCCAUGUAAUUACGACUGGGAUUCGGAUGAUGAUGCCGAAGUUGAGGCUAUCCUCAAUUCAGGUGUUGCAGAUUACUUCGCCCUUAGGGAAAUC